AUGAAACGAAGGCGAUAUCAAUUCGUCGUUCUUUCGCUACAGCUAGCUGUCGCCAUCCGUUUUGCGCUCGCCUUAGAUGAUUCCUACCAGAGUUAUAUACAAGCUCUGGCCUAUCCUGCCAGGCUUGUAGUUCGGCCUGACUCAUCCACUGUUGCCUCUGACUCAAGGAUCAGCUUCUUUUGCCGAGCUGAUGGGAAUCCACUGCCAAACGUUGUGUGGAAAAUCAACGGAAAAUCGCUAUCAGAUUCUAGAUUUGUUGUUAAGUCACUGCCUACCGGUCUUUCCACUCUUCGAAUCGAUCCCGUUCUUUCAUCUGACAAUCAGACUACUGUAUCGUGCUCGGCUGACAAUGGGGUGGCCAAUCCUGUUGUGGCUGAUGCUGUAAUUACUGUUCUGAACAAAGACGCGCUUCCGUCUGGAUUUCCGGUCGUCGAUGCUCAUCCUACCCUCAAAUCCGUUGAACAAGGCCGAACAGCCCAUGUCACUUGUCGGGUGCGAGGAGAUCCUCGACCGAAAGUACUGUGGCUGCGUGAUCUUGUACCAAUUGAUAUUCGAGCUGAAGGACGGUAUUCAGUGUCAACAAUGGGCAAUCCAGGAGCUCUUAUGAUCCAGCAAGCCCGAGAGGAAGACCAGGGCAAGUACGAAUGCGUGGCAAGGAACGAUCUUGGCGUGGUGCACUCGAAAGCAGCCCAUCUCUACGUAAAAGUCCGUCGAGUUCCACCAUACUUCUCUUUUAAACUCGAGAAGGUCUACAGAGUUGGCGCCGGUGGAAGCGUGAAUCUCACAUGUGUUGCCGUAGGAUUUCCAAUGCCCAGAGUAUUCUGGAAAAAGAGCGAUGACGUGAUGUUGAAUGACCCAGCUACGGCUCCAAUUGGUAAAAACGUGCUCACCUUGACCAACGUUGAGCAAUCUGAGAAUUUCACCUGUGUGGCUGUUAGCAAAUUAGGAAAUAUCGAAGCAACAACGCUAGUGGAAGUCAAACCUCUUCCACCUCCACCACGACAUUUCCGGGUCUCUUCGGUUACCAGCGACACUGUAACUCUCACCUGGGAACCUCCAACCUUGGUUGAGCCCGCGGUGGAGUAUGUCAUCAAGUACCGACAGAAGUCUCACCCCCGAGCUGGAGCCUACUCCACAGGAUAUGCCGAUUCCAAUGCUUUGAAGAAUUGGAAGGUGGACAUAUCAAAAAGCAGCACGACCAUCCCCAAGCUUGAGCCUUUCCAGUUGUACGAAUUUGUGAUCGCGACUGUGGGAGACUUCGGCGAAGGACCUGGCUCGAUUCCAAAAGAGGCGCAGACAGCGGAAGCAGCUCCUGGAAGCCCUCCGACAAAAGUCCAAGCGAGAAGCCUCAGUCGUGAUUCGGUGCUUGUGAAAUGGAGUCCUAGCGAGAGACCUAAUGGUAUGAUCACUGGAUAUCGUAUCUUUUACACCAACAACGAUCGGACGGCACCCAUUGACCAGUGGGAAAUGCACGAGACAAAAUCCGACGAGUUGAUGGCAACGUUGUAUGGACUGGAGACCGAUAAACGAUAUCACGUCAAGGUUCAAGCUCGCAAUGGGAAGGGAACGAGUCCGAUGAGCAAUGUGGUGGCUGUGCUUACAAAGCAUGGAAUUCCCGGCCAACCCGUGUCGCUCACCGCUAAACCACUCGAUUCGCGAAGGAUACAGUUAUCUUGGGAGAAACCGUUGUUCUCGUUACCAGUCACAGGUUACGUCAUCUGGUAUAAUGGGACCGGCGGUGAGAAAGAGCUGACGCUAACCUCUCCGCAUGAGAAACAUACCAUAAUGGGGCUCGUACCAGAUACCACCUACACAUUUCGGAUAGCAGCGACUUCAGCCCGCGGUACUGGCGAGUUCUGCGAUCCAGUUGAGGCAAAAACUCUGCAGUCAAUUCCAACUGGCUCUCCACUGCUGCUGAACGUCACCGCAACCUCAUCGUCAUCUCUGCAUGUGAUUUGGUCGCCACCAGAAUCCGCACACAAAAUAGUACAGUACCGUAUUCAAUAUCGUGUUGUGAACACGGAAAACUUCACCGCGGCUGUCAGCUCGAGCUACGAAGACGACGCUGACGACGAUGCCAUUACUACGAAACCUCCUGUAGUCUACAAUGUGUUGGUGAAUGCAAGUGAUGUGACGUCGGCAAAUGUGACUGCACUGAAACCGUUCACGGUCUAUGAGAUUACCGUAGCUGCCGUAACAGCCUUCGGUUACGGUCCAGAUAGUGGUCCCUUGCGCAGAAGAACGCUUGAAGACGGUGAGAUUUUGAAGCAUUUGAGUAAUUUUUUGAUAUUUCAGCAGAUGAUGAGGAUGUUCUCCCUGGUAAGUGGUUGUCGUGUAGUGAUGAAAUUACAAAUUUGCUCAUAUCAUUAUACUGCCGGAUCUGUAAAGUAA